UCAUUAAGUAACGGAACUACCGGCUUUUUUUGAACGCCUGUAAUUAUCUUCGAGGCGGCGGCGUGAUACGGCGUGUUUAUUGAUUUUUAAUUUCGUAAUUGAUACUACAGGAUGAUAAAUGACUGGUGCGUAGAUAAGAUUUAUUAUUCACCUUGCCUCCUCAUUAUUAUGUAAGCACCGCGUUCAAAGUGUAAAGUAUCGCAUUCUCAACGUUCCAUUACGAUUCGAGAGAUUCUAACGUUCUACAGAAAAGUCAAGUAGUGUCAAUUUUCUCCUCGUGUCCAACAUGCCACGGCGAUCGAAUAUUCUGCACGGUGAUGGUGAGGUGUUGGCGGAUCUUGAUAUCUCGAUGGGGCAGCUAUUAUUAACGCAAUUGGAGAUGCAGGGCACUCGCGUGGCGCAGAUAAACCCUCACACCGGCGAGAAGCAGACAUUCCAGCACAUCUUGGACACCAGCCGGAGAUUGGCGAUCUACCUGCAGAGAGACGGACUGAGAGCGAACGACACCGUGGCCGUGUGCAGCGAAAACAAUCUGGAGUUUUGCAUUCCCGUGUGCGCCACGUUUUACCUGGGCGCCAUCGCCUGCCCGUUAAAUCCGCUGUACUCCGAGAGAGAAUUGAAACAUGUGCUCUCGAUUUCGAAGCCCAAGUACAUUUUCAUCUCGCCGGUGGCGUCUAACCUCAUGAGGAACGUAGUCAGACAGCUGAACUGGUCGCCGAGAGUGCUGAUGCUUCGCGACGACGGCAGUGCUGGAUCGUGGGCCAGCAUGUACAAGGUGAUAUCGAGCGUCUCCGGCGAGGCCGCGGAUGCCAUCGAAGCGGCUCCUGUCGACGUGGCCGAUCAUGUAACAGCGAUUCUGUGCUCGAGCGGCACCACGGGCCUGCCAAAAGGUGUCAUGUUGACGGACAAAAAUAUCACUAUGGUCAUACGCAUGCAUGUAAACAACAACACCCUGCCUGAAAACAGUGUAAUCCUGUCACUGCUCCCAUUCUUUCACGCCUAUUCCUUCGUCGUGAUGGUACUCGGCCUGUUAAGCGGACACUGCUGCGUUGUGUUCUCACGCUUCGAGGAAGAGCUAUUCCUGCGAUACGUGGAGAAAUAUAAAAUUCAGUAUUUGCCCGUGGUACCGUCGCUUAUGGUGUUCCUGGCCAAGCAUCCACUUGUGGAUAAAUAUGAUUUAUCCUCUGUUAAAGGAGUAUGGAGUGGAGCAGCUCCAUUAUCGAAGGAAAUUGAGAAGGCCGUCGCUAAACGGUUAAAUAUUACUGAAAUUAGACAAGGUUACGGAUUAACAGAAACCACUUUAGCUGUGCUACGAUCCCCAGUGGACAAUGUGAAACCAGGCAGCGUUGGCAUGGUAGUUCCAGGCAUGUCAGCCAAGAUAAUACCAAUUGGGGAAUACGAGACGGAUGAAGCUUUAGGGCCAAAUUGCACGGGGGAAUUAUGCUUCAAAGGAGAUUUGAUAAUGAAGGGCUAUUAUAAUAACGAAAAAGCCACUAGAGCGAUGAUUGACAAGGAUGGCUGGUUGCAUACGGGAGACGUAGGAUACUACGACGAAGACGGCUACUUUUACAUUGUCGAUCGGAUAAAGGAACUUAUCAAAUACAAAGGCUACCAGGUUCCACCAGCUGAGCUCGAAGCGAUUUUGUUGACUUAUCCUGGCGUACUAGACGCGGCCGUAAUUGGCAUACCGGACGAGAAAUCCGGGGAGUUACCAAUGGCCUUCGUUGUAAAGGAAAAUAAUGCCAACAUUUGCGAAAAAGAUUUAAUCCAGUAUGUUAAUGAACGCGUAUCAAAUCCUAAACGACUUAGAGGCGGAAUAAGAUUUGUAGACAACAUUCCAAAAACUCCAUCCGGUAAAAUAUUACGUCGAAUAUUGCGAGAUAGAUUAAAAUCAAAAUUAUAAAUUUGUUAAACUGUCAAUUUUUCACGAUUC